AAUCAGAAAAAAGCCGCCGGCGGGCGCCGCGGGCGCGGCCCGGCGGGGCGCAGCACUUUCGGUUCCUGUUGCGCGUGGGGCCGCGGCACGUGGCGGGGGCGGCCCCGGGAGCGGAGCGGAGCGGAGCGGGCCCGGCCGGAGCAGCCCCGAGGAGCCUGAUGCCAUGGCUGACAAAGAGCCGAGCGCCCAAGCUGCCAGGAAGGGAAGUUCCUCGCCCAGCGGCUCCCGGGGCAGCACCACGGAGCCCAGCACGCUGCUGCAGAAGCUGCGGAGCACCAUCUCCAAAUCCGUGCAGAACAAAGUCGACUCCAUCCUGCAAGAUGUCCAGAAGUUUUCAGACAACGACAAACUCUACCUCUACCUCCAGCUGCCGUCCGGGCCCAGCCUGGGGGAGAAAAGCAGUAGCCUGGACCUGAGCUCACUGAGCAUGGCCGAGUACAUGCACGCGUGCAACUGGAUCCGGAACCACCUGGAGGAGCACACAGACACCUGCCUGCCCAAGCAGGACGUCUACGAUGCCUACAAGCAAUACUGCGAUAACCUCUGCUGCCACGCUCUGAGCACCGCCAAUUUUGGGAAGAUCAUCCGGGAGAUCUUCCCAAAUAUCAAAGCCAGAAGGCUGGGAGGCCGAGGACAAUCAAAGUACUGCUACAGCGGGAUCCGGAGGAAGACGGUGGUCAGCCUGCCGCCCCUGCCCAGCCUGGAUCUCAAAGUUACGGAGACUUCGGAGCUGACGGACCUGGUGCAGUCCUACAACAGCGAGGUGAUGGAGGCAGCCUGUGCCCUGACCUGCGACUGGGCUGAGAAGAUCCUCAAGCGCUCCUUCAACAACAUCGUGGAGGUGGCCCAGUUCCUCAUCCAGCAGCACAUCAUCAGCUCGCGCUCGGCCCGGGCUGACCUGGUCAUGGCCAUGGUGGUCUCAGAGAGCACAGAGAAGCUCCACCGCGAUGGUCGGUCCCCGCUGGCAGCCAAGAAGAAUGGCCUGGAAGCUUCAGAGAGCAGCGACAGGAGCCAGGGGCAGAGCAAGAAGGAGAGCAGCCCCAAGGCCUCUGUCCCACCACGGCCCGAGAAGAAGAAGCUUCCAGAGCCCCCCCGGCCGGCGAGCAGCCCCCAGGUGAACGCCCUGGUCGCCCGCCUGCCCCUGCUCCUGCCCCGCAUCCAGCCCAGGGAGAGACUGGUGGCGCCCGGGGCCACGGCUGUGCGCUCCUCCCCGCCCGUGCUGGCCCCCAAGCUCACGGCUGCCCCCCUGGGGGGCACCGUCAAGGUGGCCCUGCCGCUGCCGGUGGGCACGGCGUCCCCGUCGCUGCCUCUGGGGCUGGCCCCGGGGGCGAACGGAGCAGGGGGGCUGCUGAGCCAGCAGGCGGCCGUGCCCGUCCUCAACAUGCUGCUGCCCGGCGUGGGCGUCCCCGGGGCCGAGAGCCCCGCCAACCCCCGCAGCGCGGGGAGCGACGGCCCCAGCCCGCAGGACUCGCAGCGCCCCAAGGCCACCAAGCGGCCCCCGGAGCCCCCGGGGGCUGCCGCCGCCGCCACGCCACAGAAGCGGAAACGGGGGCGGCCACGCAAGAGGCCGGAGGACGGAGGCGCGGGGUCCCCGGCGGAGCAGGAGCAGGCGCAGGGGGGCCCGGGGGACGCGGAGGAGAAGCUUGGCAGAGGGGCGGCCGCGGGGACCGGCAGCGCUGACAGCUCGCCCGGCGGUGCCGCCGCCACCGGGGGCCGGCUCGGGGCCAGCCCGGUCACCCAGGUGAGCGUCAUCCAGGAGGGCAGGAGCGGCGCCCAGCUCCCCGCCGGGGCCUGCGGCCACGGGAUGGAGGAGGAGGAGGACGACGAGGAGGAGGAGGAGGAGGAGGAAGCGCCGCCGAGCGCGGGCGAAGCCGGUCCCCCCCGGGGGGACACCGGGGCUGACGAGGGGGCCCCCCCGCCGCGCGGUGACGGACACAGGGCGGGGGCAGCCCCCGCCGACACGGCCCGGUGCGGCCCCGUGCUCCCGGGGGGCUCCCCGGGGGGGGCCGAGCUCUGCGCGCCCCCCAACACCUAGGGCCGGGGCCGGGUCCCCCCGCCCGCCUCCCCCCGCCAUUAAAAGCCGUGCACAGCC